GGAGUUUCGCGAUUUUUUUACUUAACGUUAAUUUCGAUAUGUUUCGUUUGUUAAAACAUUCGGAGUUAUUCCUUUAGCGAAUAAAAUUAUUCUAUCCAUUUUGUUACAGUUCAUUUGUAAUUGGGCUACUUCGCUUCUUAUAUUCCAAUAAUUCGGAGGUAGUUAGGUUAUGUUAUGUCCUAUGUCGGAGGGUGAAAACUGAUCAUGGAUCCGAAUAUCUAUGCACUAGUGUUGGAUACCCUAAACAAGGCCACUAGCCAAGACACAGAAGUUUUAAAACCAGCUGAGAAAAAACUGCAGGAAUGGGAGAUAGAACCAGGAUAUUAUUCUGUCUUAUUGAAUGUGCUCACUAACCACUCAAUCGAUGUGAAUGUAAGAUGGCUUGCUGUCAUGUGCUUCAAGAAUGGAGUGGACAGGUACUGGAGGAGGAAUGCUCCUAAUGCCAUUUCAGAGGAAGAAAAACAGAAACUAAAACAGGGCUUGCUAACAACAAGUAUUUUAAGUGAACCUGUCUCCCAGAUAGCAACACAACAAGCAGUUUUGAUAUCAAAAAUCGCUAGGUUUGACUGUCCAGCUAACUGGCCAGAUUUAGUUCCAGAGCUAAUGGGUGCCAUGAAAACUACACAACCUUUGAUCCAGCACAGAUCUUUGUUAAUCUUUCAUCAUGUAGUCAAGGCUUUGGCUUCUAAAAGAUUAGUUGGUGACAGGAAGACAUUUCAGGAAUUAACCAACUCAGUGUAUUCAUUCAUAUUAAGUCUAUGGCACGAGAACACGGAGAUAUUUUUACGUCAGAUCCAAGAAGGGGCCGCCACCGAAAUAAUUACCGAACAUCUAGAGAAAGCCCUCCUGUGUCUUAGGAUAUUGCGAAAGUUGACAGUGUUCGGUUUCAAAAAGGCGCACGAGAGCCAAGAUGCUGUUGCUUUUUUAAAUGUAGUAUUCGAUCGGGCUAAGUCCAGCUUGGAAUGUCGUAAACUUCUAAAGGGUCGUGGGAUCUACUUAUUAGAGUUAUGCGAAAAAUUCAUAAUACAUUUAACCAAAGUAGCGUUAGGAGUAUUAUUUUUCCACCCGUUUUCGUACGUGCCUUUGAUCCGACCGUCUUUAGAAUUCGCUUUGUAUUAUUGCUUCACCGAGCCUGGAAUGGCUCUCAUAUACGAAAGAUUCACGAUACAGUGUCUUAAUAUAGUAAAAGGUAUAUUGCAGUGCAUCGAAUAUAAAGUGCCAAAGGGAACGGAACAGAUCAAGGAACCUAUGACAUUACAAGCGCAUCAAACUAAGAUGGAAGUGUUGGAUGCUAACACCCUCUGUCACAUGUGUAGGCACCUAGUGACUCACUAUUUCCUGCUCAGUAGCGACGAUUUAGCUUUAUGGGACGCCGAACCUGAGAGCUUCGCUAUCGAUGAAGCCGGUGAAUCCUGGAAAUACAGUCUGAGGCCGUGCACCGAAGCAUUAUUCAUGGAGCUGUUUCAAUUCCGCGAGGUCUUGUCUCCGGAGCUGGUGCGGCUGCUGGCGUCGCUGCAGCACCGGCAGGUGUCGCCCGACGACCUGCCCGCCAUACUCAACAAGGACGCCAUCUACAACGCUGUCAGGUUGGCCGCCUUCGACUUGUACGAUGAUGUCGAUUUCGAUGAGUGGUUCACGAACGUUUUAAGUCAAGAGUUGAAAAUCAAAGAUAAUAAUUUCAGAAUAAUAAGAAGGCGGGUCUGUCAGCUCAUAGGUCAGUGGUGCGGCGUGCGCGCGUCCCAAUGCCUGCGGCCCGCGAUGUACGAGGCGCUGCUGGCGCCGCUCGCGAGCCGCGACGAGGACGCCGCCGUCAAGCUCGCCGCGGCCGAGGCCCUCCGGAGCACCAUAGACGACUUCAACUUUGACGUGGAGCAGUUCGCGCCCUACGCGCCCCACGCCAUUGCCGCGCUUUACGAGCUCCUGGUGGAGUCGGAGGAGUGCGACACCAAGAUGCACGUGCUGCACGUGGUGUCGUGCGUGACGGAGCGCUGCGGGGCGGGCGUGGCGCGGGGCGGGGGCGCGGGGUCGCUCACCGCCUACCUGCCGCAGCUGUGGCACCACGCCGCCGCGCACCAGCACAACAUGCUGCGGGCCGCCGCACUGUCCGCCCUCGUGCACCUGCUCAAGGCGCUGGGCGAUUGCACACUGACCAUUAGACCGUGGAUCCUGAGCGUCGUCAACGAGUCCACGCGGCUGUCGGAGCCGGCGCACGUGUACUUGUUGGAGGACGCCCUGGAACUGUGGCUCGCCGUGCUGGAGACGUCCACCAGCGCCGACCCCGCCACGAUACAGCUCGCCGAGAACUUGUACCCCAUCAUAGAGCAAUCGACGGAGCACCACCGCAUCGUGGUGUACAUAAUGCAGGCGUACUCGCUGCUGUGCCCCGAGGAGUUCCUGCUGGGCGCCGGCGGCCGCUGCCUGUCGCUGCUGGACGACAUGAUGGCCGACAUGAGGUCCGACGGCGUGCUCUCCGUGCUCAAGAUGGCCGAGAUAUGCCUCAGCGUCACGCUACCGGAGAGGAACACGUUCCUCGGGGUCAAGGUCGUCUGGCCCAUACUCAUCAGAGUCAUUCAUUGUCUGAUGGAAUGCGACGACCUGCCCAUGGUGCUAUCCGUGCGCCUGUGCCUGGUCUCCCGCGUCAUACUGCGGUCCACGGACCUGUUCUACAAGGCGGUGCAGGAGGCGUCCAACGGCUACGUGGAAUACGAUUCGGACCCAGACAAAGUGCUGAACAGACUGCUGCACGUCUGGACGGAAAAAAUGAAUCUGGUCACUCAAGUCGAGAGGUGGAAGGUGGUUGGUCUGGGUCUGGCGGCGUUAUUGACGACGCAGAACGCAGUCGUCCUGCAGUGGUUCCCAGCGAUCCUGCUGAACCUGACCGAAGUACUCAAUGACGUCAUGAAAACCGAGAACAACGCUUACGUGGAUAGCCUGCUGGCCCCGCCCGGGUCGCGGCCGGCGUCGCCGCUGGAGGGCCGCGGGGGCGCGGGGCGGUGGGGCGCGGGCGGCGCGGGGGCGGCGGGCGGCGCGCCGUGCCCGCACGACGUGCGUCGCCGCGCGCUGGCGGACGCGCACCCCGCGCACGUGCUGGACCUCAGGGCCGUCACGCACCACCAGCUGGAGACGCUGAAGAGUCAGGUCGGCGCGGAGACGUUCCAGCGGCUGCUGCAGUCGGCGGACCCGGAGACGCUGCAGCAGCUCCGCGAGUACGUGCCGCUGUGAGCGCCGCCCCACUACUGGACGACUGCUGAAAGGAUAUUUGGCUUAAGCGACAAUUUUUUUAAUGGCUUAAAUAGGUGGACGAGCUCACAGUCCACCUG